GAGCCAGCCAGCCGCCCCGCGCUGCGCACGGCGCCCCUCGGGCGGCGAGAAGGGCGCUGCCAGGACCACCGUGGCUUGUCUCCGCCACCUGCGGAGGGCUGGAAUGUUUGUGAAACUGGUUGGGCAACUCACUCGGCCACGAAGACGUGGAGAAAGAGGACGGCAGACAACGGCAGCGAGCUGUUCUUCUGUGUCCCAGAAAGUAGCUGCUGGGCUAUCAUGCCAGGCAAGGGCCUUGUUCCCGUCGACACCUGUCUCAGUGUCUUGACGUGGCUCCGCGACGAGGAAUCCACGUGGCGACAGUGCUUCCAGAGCUGGAAGGAGCACGCCGCAGCAGUCAAAGCGCUGCGCCAGCGGCUGCAGGUGCUGGCUCCCUCGGACUCGCCUGACUCGAUGGGAGAGGCAACGGAGACGAUCUCCGAGCGCUUCCCUGUCCGAGGACCG